ACCCCAAAUAUCACGGUAAAUAAGUAAAUUAUUUAUGCGUUCAUUUUUAGUACUAUAGUACUAUAUAUAAAAGUUAUUUUACAUUAAGGAGUACAAAAAAUAUAAUAAAAAAAAGUAAGGUUGUUUAUUCCUAUAAAUAGCCAUCCCCUCAAAGUUACAAUAUGUCAAUUCAUUAUCUCUAGGACUAAUAAGAUAAUUAAAGAGAGAAAAUGGAGAUACCAACCAUAAACUUUGGUGAGCUUGAAGGUGAAAAAAGAGGUGAAACAAUGGCACUUUUACACCAUGCCUGUGAAAAAUGGGGCUUUUUCCAAAUAGAAAAUCAUGGCAUAGAUAAGGAGUUGUUGGAGAAAGUGAAGCAAUUCAUCAAUAAUUAUUAUGAAGAAAAGUUGAAAGAUGGCUUCUUCAAGUCAGAUAUCAGCAAGGCUUUGGAGAACAAGGAGAAUGCUUCUAACAGAGAUUGGGAAAGCAGCUUCUUCGUUUGGCAUCCCCCCGAGUCUAAUAUAAAUAAUUUUGCUGAUUUCUCUAAAGAUUUUCGGAAAACGAUGGAGAUUUACGUUGAUCAGCUAGUUAAGGUUGCUGAAAAACUAUCCGAGCUAAUGUGUGAAAAUCUUGGACUAGAAAAAGACCACAUAAAGAAAACAUUCUCAGGAAUCAAAGGCCCUGCAGUAGGAACAAAAGUGGCGAAAUACCCUGAAUGUCCAAACCCUGAACUUGUGAGAGGCCUGCGCGAGCACACUGAUGCAGGCGGAAUAAUUCUGUUACUGCAAGAUGAUCAAGUUCCAGGCCUCGAGUUUUUCAAAGAUGGAAAAUGGUUUAAGAUACCGCCUUCUAAAAACAACACGAUCUUUAUCAACACAGGGGAUCAGAUCGAAGUGCUUAGCAACGGAAGGUAUCAGAGUAUUCUGCAUCGCGUUAUGACAGGAAAAUGUGGAAGCAGACUGUCUGUUGCGACAUUUUACAAUCCUGCAGGUGAUGCAGUCAUUUCUCCAGCUGAAAAACUGUUAUAUCCUAAGAAUUACAGCUUUAAGGACUACUUGAAGUUCUAUUCGAGUACUAAGUUUUCGGAGAAAAGUGGGAGGUUUGAGUCUAUGAAGAAUAAGGAGAAUAAAGAAGCUUAAAUGAGAAUUUGAUCAAACAUGUAACAGGAUUUAUGUUUACCAAUUCAUUAUAUUUCUUUCAUUUUCAUUCCUUCUACAAUAUUACAUCAUUCAGUUGUACUUGUGAAAAACUAUUGUCAGCUUUGAUGAUUAAAGUAAUACCUAAGGCAAUGUUAUCUUUUGUUGGGGAUAAUACUAAAAAUACAAGGGACACAAAGAAGAAAUCGGAAUUAAACAAUAAUAACCUUCGAGGCGUGAACGGAAUCACUUUCCCAAAAGUAAU